UUCAUGAAUCAGAUCCAGCGGAACAGUGAAGUACUGGGAGCAGCCAUGUUGUUUUUGCUGGAGAAGUGAAACUUGGGGAGGAUCUGAUGUGUUUAAAGGAGAUACAUUAUCACUCCAGAGCGAAUAAAACCAAGCAGAGGAGCUUACAAUGGAGCCGCUGAUCCACUACAGCACUUUCUGCUUACUUGUGCUGUGGGUGAGUGUGAGUGUGUGUGAUUGUGAGGAUCUGAUGUAUGGGCAUGUUCAAUCUCCACUGUAUCCUAAGCCCUAUCCAGCUGAUCUCCAUGAACAGUGGAACCUGGAAGUUCCUCACGGUUACAGAAUCAAGCUCACCUUCACCUACCUGGACAUUGAGCAUUCUGCUAACUGUUCGACUGAUUCUCUGAUGGUUUUGGAUGGCAGGAAAGUUUUGGGGAAGUUCUGUGGCCAAAGGUCAACGAAUGCACACCACCCUGGCCGCAAGUCCUUCUUGUCUUCUGGCAAUCGUCUCCAGCUGGUGUUUGUGACUGACAGCUCAAACCCAGAUCUUCAGCCACACCUCGGCUUUUCUGCUUUUUACCAGGCUAUUGAUGUGGACGAGUGUAGCUCUCCUGUAUCUUCUGAGGACUCUGGACCCCUCUGCUCUCAAAUCUGCCUCAACACUCUGGGCUCCUACCAGUGUUCUUGUCAUCAUGGGUAUCAGCUGCGGGAUGAUGGGCGUACCUGUGACUUUGUGGACUGUGGAAUUCCAAAGCUUUCAGACGCAGAUCUGAUGGUCCUAACAGAGGAGCAUCCACUGACAACAUACAAGCAGAAUAUCACCUUCAAGUGUCAAUCAAUAUUCUACCAGCUGGCUGGACAUGCUAACUUCACUUGUGAUGCUAGUGGAAACUGGGUAUCUGGAAGAGGACAGAAUUACUCCCACAAUGCACCACAAUGUGUGCCAGAGUGUGGCAUGAAUGAAGAGUUUUUUCCCCGUGGACGGGUUUUUGGAGGAGAAAAGGCCAAACUGAAACAGAUACCCUGGCAGCUUCUGAUGAAAGAGCCCAAACGAGGAGGUGCUUCUCUAAUUAGUGAUCGUUGGGCUCUUACAGCUGCUCAUUUUGUGGAUGGACAUGAAACUAAAAAACUGAAAUUCUAUGGAGGAAUGAUUGAUGGGCAAGACAGAAAUGCAGUUAUAAUGGAAACGGAGAAAAUCAUAAUUCAUCCAGAUUAUGAAAGGGAUGUCUCAGGUAGAAAGCGGUCAACCUUUGAUAAUGACAUUGCCUUGGUGAAGAUGUCUGCAAGGGUGCCACUCAGUUUAAAAAUCAGGCCAGUGUGUCUGCCAGAGAAGUCAGCUGGACCAGUGAUGAAGGGAGGGACAGGAACAGUAUCAGGGUAUGGAAUGACUGAAAUCAAAACUGCAAGUCGGUUUCUGCAGUAUGCUCAUUUACAAGAAUAUUCAGAAGUUCCUUGUUUUCAAAGCCCUAUGAAGGUCACUGAUAAUAUGUUCUGUGCUGGAGGAGAAAUGGUUGAUUCAUGUAAAGGUGAUGGAGGUGGUCCACUAGUCCUUCCAAUGUUGGGAACUGGAUCUCCAAAUAAACCCUACCGACUCGAAGGUAUUGUGUCAUGGGGUCCUCCUCGAUGUGGAAAUAAAGACUUUAAGGGUUAUUACACCAAAGUACAGAACUAUCUGGACUGGAUCAGAGAAACCAUGCAGAAGAAUUAACAACAUCAGCAUUUAUUACAAAUAACUACUAAGCUGAUUAUAUAGAAGGUGAUGUGGGACCCAAUUACAGAUGUAUUUAAAUCAGAUGAU